AUGCUUUAUGUUUUCAAAUGGACUUAAAUAUUUUUAAAUGUAUAAAUGAGAAUUGUUGUAUAAGAAAUCACUCUUUAUCUACUUUUAUAUAAUCCUAUAUAGAAAAAGACUAUUAAGACUAAAUAGAACUACAAUUAACUAAAAAAUAUUUACAAAAGUAAUAUGAUACUACCAUGUGUCCUAAAUGUGAUACAUAUUACACUACUGAACUCAUCUAUUGUUCUAAUAACUAUAAUUGUAAUAAUUGCUUUUAUACCUGGUAGGAUAAAUCACAAAAAGAAACAAACAUUUUUUCCAUAUUAUUUUUCUAUGAUAUCCUUUCUUAUCUCUUUGAAAUAAUAUUAACUAAAUUUUGUCCCUAAUGUAGUAUAUCUAUAUAAAAAAUAGGCGGAUGUUAGCAUAUGA